AUGGAUCGAUUCACGAAUUCUAUCAGUAAUAAAUUCCAAAAAAUAACAAAAUCAAAAAUACGUACGAGAACUCAACCCUAUGAUGAAUUGCAUAUACCUUCCUUCAUUCUUGGAUGUUUAAUAACCAUCAUUGUCUUAUCAAUUGGUCCCGUAUUGUCUAUGCUAUGGAAUGGUGUAUUCUCUAGUAUGAUUACCUUGUUAAGAUAUUCGAUCUUAUUCGGUAUCUUAUCUACUAUCUAUUGGUUUGUCAUAGGGAAACAGCCACUCAAUUCUUCAUUCUUAACAAAUUAUAAUAAUAACAAUAAUAAUACUUCUGAUAUUAAAAACGACGCUGUAAUCCAUUCUAAAAAAAUUAAUCCUCCAACUUUUGAUAUUAGUAAGAAUAAUGCAAUAGAAUCUAGGCAAGUUCCCCCAUCACUAAUCCCUGUACAUACCCCUCGAGAUUUAAAUGAGGCCCCACAAUUAAACAAGAGAAAUAAGUUGAAAAAUAUAUUCCGUCCAAAUCAUAGAGUACCUUCUCCACCACCUGUAGAGAUUAAACAAACUUUUCAACCUUCUGUAUUUCCUUCAGAUUCACAGAAUUUAGAUAAAAAUGAUUUCGAACUAAUUAAUUAUUUUAAAUCAGAACCAAAUAAAUCUAAUUUCCGUAGACCAUUUCCUGAUGAAACCCCUUUGAAAACAACACCAAAUGCUACUGAAAAUACUAAGAAUAAAGCAAAUCAAACAAGUGUAAAUUCUCAAUCAACAAGAAAUUCAUACGAGAAUUUCGUUAGCAUGGCUCCAAACAAAUCUGUUAUGCCAUAA